AUGCUCUCCUCCCCUGAUUCACUCGAGGCGUUGAGAUGUCGUUUCGAGAUAUCCGAGGCGGUAGAAUUCGUCCUUCCAGAGAAGAAUGACCGAGCCGACAAACCCCUUGAGAAUCACUUUACUCUGUACGAGGCAUUCUUUGAGCUUUGUUUUCUUCUGUUUCCGAUCCCCGGAGUUAUCCUUGAGUACCUCUGGAAACAUGGGAUCUCAAUCGGGCAGAUCAUGCCGAGGGGUCUGCGGCACAUGAUCGGUAUUCUGGUUCGAAGCUUUGAAUGCGGGCUCGAUAUUGAACUGAAUCACCUGCUAAACUUGUUGGAGAUCAGAAAAGCUCUGAAGGGAGACAGAUUUUACAUCUCCAACAAGUCCAACCGCCGGAUCAUAGGUGGUUUUCCAAGCAAGGAUCAGUUUUGGACCGAGCGCUUCUUCUAUGUCUUGGUGAACGAGGCGUCAGUCGGCGAGGAUUACGUUCAAAAAACCAAGACCGCUUCGGGACCACUUGUUCGGAACAUUUUUCCCCAAAUUCCCGACGACCUCUUUGUUGUCCGAGAUUCUCUUGCGGCUCGGAGAGUUAAUUGGAGGAAGCAUUUUACAUUCGAGAGAGUGGAAAGAGCGGGAGCCAUUCUUGUCGGAGUUCCUGUUAGCUCUUCGUCUUCAAAUUCCUCACAAGACAUAAGGGAGAAAAUGGUGAUCAUUACUCUUAGAGAUAAGAAAAGGCGUGAGGAAGAAGAAGCUGCGAGACGAGCCGCUGAGGCGGCUCAAACAGAGACCGAGGCUGUCCCUCAGAACGAUCCGCCGAGCCGUGAAGGUGAAGGCACAGUCCGAGCCGCGGAGGCACACGUUGCCGAGGCAACCGAGAAAGAAGUAGCGCCCGAGGUGGAACCGGGCGAAAUUAUUCCCGAGGCGUCGAAAGAUGACGCUGCGGCGCGGAGUAAAACUCCUUCCAACUCGGCUUUUCUGGCUCUUCCGAAGUCAUCGAGACCCCCGACUUUGCUUUUACAGAAGCAUGAUUCUGGCCGAAAACGUUUGGCCGCUGAUAAGGGGAAGGGCGUAGCUAUCCAAAAGGACAAGCCGGCCAAGAAGAAACGCAAGAAGGCGUGUCGACGACCCUGA